AUGGCUCCGCUGGUGUGGCCGCUUCAGAGCGCCUCGUUGUCGCGGCGUGGAAAAGACCCAGUGAUGAGUCCAUCGCUUCUCCACCUGAUCUUCAGCUGGUCUGGACCCCUCACACACUUCUCCAUGGUGCUGCCAGAAAACACGUGCAGACCCCCCGCGACCAAGCGGGUUCCAAAACCGAACGCCCGUCUUGGUGCCCACGGCCUGCCCUCGCCGCCCUUGUGCUGCGCGUGCGGCCUGUGCACGCUGCUGGCCGGCAUCAACAUCACCCUGGUAGGCGCCUUCGCUUUCGGCACCUUCGUCCCGAGCGGCAACCCCCCUAUCAUCAUCGGGCCGCUCCUUCUGCUGACCGCCCUGGCUUUCUUCGCGGCGUGCUGCGCCACCAGCGGCAGGGGCCCGCCGGCGAGCUCGGCCCCCCGGGUCAAGGGGCUGGGGCGGGCGGGAGCGGCCUUCGAGAUGGAAACCAGCGAGCACACGCUGCAGGAGACCACGGCGCUCCAAUUCAGCCCCACCAGCUCGCCCACCUCCUCGCGCGGGUCCGACGCCAAUGACGCCGCGCUGCCUGCGUGUUCUGGAGGGGGCGAAGACGAGCAUGUGCGGUGUGACGCACGUAUGGUCACUGAAACUCCACCAGACUUGAACUCUGCUGGCGAGUAG